UUGGUCAGAGUCAAACCAUAACCAACCCAUAUAAUUAUAUUGUUGCCCUUUUAUCCAAUCGUACUCAUCUUUCCCCUUUCUUCUUCUCUUUGUGAACUUGUUGAUCAUCAUGGGAAACGCCUUCUGGCCAUGCCUCAAGGCUGCCGCUCCUGCCGUCGAGCUCAUCUUCUGGGGCGGCGCCACUGAGCGGAUCACGCUUUCCCGCGGCGGCGCGAAGCCACUCCUCGCCGGCGAGAUCAUGUUCCGCUUCCACGACCACGUCGUCUGCCACGCCGACUCCUUCUUCAUCGGGCGCCCCGUGCCCGCUCUCUCCGUCGGUGACCAGCUCCUCCCCGGCCACACCUACUUCAUCCUCCCCGUCGACCGGCUCCCGGACUUGCACGACCCCCUCACGGCCGCGUCGCUGACGUCUCUCUCCGCCUCCCGAAAUUCCCCUCAGGUCGCCGGCGGGAGGCAAUCUCCGUUCGAGUAUGUGAGGGGAGCCGACGGGAGGGCGUCCAUCAAGGUACAUCCGGAGUUCGUGACCAAGCUGAUAUCCGUCUGCGAUGCGGAGGAGAGCGGCGCUUUGUGCAGUACGCCGGAGCUGAAGAAGCACUACGAGCAGCUGGUGGGGUCGAAGGAUCGCCGGCCGUGGUCGCCAAAGUUGGAAAGCAUAGAGGAGAAGGAGAAGGAGAAGGAGAAGAAGAGGAGGAUGCUGCACUCAACAAGCAAGUUAUUAAUGUCGCCAGCUAAGUUAGCGUUGGAGAAGAUUACGUAGAAAAAACAACAUAAUUAGUUAGUUGGAUUUAGAUUAACUAUUAAAUUAAUAUUCUCAACUCCAAAUAAUUAAUUCCUCAGAUCACGGAUAUAUUUUCCGAAUGGUAUACGU